AUGACAAGGCAAAACCAAGGACGUGCUGGAGGACAUGAACCAACCGAGACACAGCAAACGCUUGCGAUGAUACAAAAUCUAUUGACUCAUAUGAUUCAACAACAACAACAACGAAAUCAAGGAGACCCACUAGCUGACACGUCGAUGGGCCAGUUCGUGAGGUUAGUAAAAAUGAUGAAGGAUAUAGGUGUUCGAAAGUUCAAAGGAGAGACAAACACGGUGCAAGCAGAUAGGUGGUUACGUACUUUGGAGAUGCAUUUUGAAACGUCAGAAUGCCCUAUGGAGUACCGCAAACAGAUUGUCGUUAACCUCUUGGAGGAAGACGCAGGAGCGUCGUGGGAAACAGUGGCUUCCCGCUACCGUUACGUACCAAUAUCAUGGGAGACAUUCAAGAAGGAAUUUGAGCUUAAGUAUUUCCCACCUGAAUCUCGUGAUCAUCUGGAGGAACUGUUCAUAAGCCUGGAGCAAAGAGAGAAGAGUGUACGGGUUUAUGAUCAGAUAUUCACCAAACUCCGGAAGUAUUUGUAUAAUGGUAACGAUGAUGAAGCCUCUAUGGUUCGAAGUGUUUCCAAACUCGAAGAGAGAGCCGUCAAUGUGGAGACGGGGAUCGAGUUAGAGAAAAGCAAAAUGUCUCGGGAGAAAAAGAAAGAGGGGAUGCCACCAGGGAAGGUGGUGAAUUCUCGAAGAAACAACCAAGAGAUUAAUAAGAAUCAGAAUAGCAACCGUGGCAAGGGUGGUAUGAUUAUGUCUGGUCGAGGUUUGGUGAGAACUGGAUCGGGAGACUCUUCACCAGAGCAAGAGGAGAACUGGGCCCAACCGUAUGGUCAAGAGGAGAGUUGGGGUCAACCGUUUGGUUCGGAGGAAUGGGGUCCGUAUAUUUAUGACGAGCCAAGCUAUGGUGCUGCUCGUGGUUAUCAGGCACCAAGCAUGAGCGACAUGUUUGAUUGGGAAAACCUUGGAGAUACACCGAGGUAUUCUCCAUUGGAUUCAAUGUGA